CUCUGACUGUAAGGAAAGUUUGCCUUUUACUCAGCAUAAUUGCUUGCGUACUUAAUUUCACGCCACUACUAUCACUUGUAUCAUUUUGGACACCCCAACAACCCUUCUUCCUUAGGUGUUGGGACCUUUCCAAUGCUUGCAGAGAGAACUGGACCAUCUCAUUUUUCAGGGCAUGUUUGACCAACUGACACAUCCUGCUACUCUGCCUUUCCCUGUGAAGUAGGGGACUCUCUCCAGCCGACUCACUGAUGCUACCCUUUCUUGAACCUCCUUCUAUUUCCCUCUCUGUGGCACGGAGACACCCACGUGUGAGCACACUGGUCUGGUAGCAGGGAAUAGCACCCCCUACCUUCUGCCUUGAAGCAAGGCCUCUGCAUAUACAAUUCUAUCAUAGCACUGGCUUCUGCUACUGAACGUAGCGGCUGGCUUUUCAUUCCCCUCUCUCGAUCAUUUGACAUCACUAUUUCCCCCUACUGCAGGCUGGAGGCGUUUUGCUUGAUGGCUGUUAAAGGUAGACGUGUGCAGACCAACAGGCUAUUGGUGAGGACCAGAUCCUGAUACCUGGAUUCUAACACUUGCCCAAGUACCUGUUGCAAAGACCACAGACACAGAGUUAAGUCCACCCAAAUGACUGCAUCUCUGGGCAGUUUGUUUGAAGACACCUGAAAUACUGCUCAAUGUUGCCUUUGCUGUUCUGUACUAAUAUGGAAGAGACAUGGGAAGCCAUGAUCCAAACACUUCAGUGCCUUGAGAGGAAUUUUAUCCAUGGUCAUUGGAAGUGCUGGGGGAAGGGCCAGAGGCCAGGAAAUACAGGCUUAAAAAAAUAUGUUUGAUUUUAGAUUCAAUGUUUGAAGAGACGUUCAUGCAACACUUGCUCUUUCCUGAAGUUCAUGAGUAGCCAGUCAGCCAUUCACCUGGAGUUGGGUAGGAAGGGUGCACAACUGUACAACAUGCAGAAGGGUAAAAUACAGACCACAAUAUACAAGAAACCCACAGACCAACAUACAUAUCUGCACAGAACCAGCAAUCACCCUAAACACACCAAAAAAGCUGUGAUAUACAGCCAAGCCCUCAGAUACCACCACAUUUGUACUGAAGAGAACACCCAGGAUCGCCACCUUACCAAUCUUAGAAGGGCUUUCACCCAGCAAGGACACUCCUCCAGAGAGGUAGAUCGCAUGUUUGAAAGAGCCACCUGGAUACGACGUAAAGAACUGCUGCAGUACAGAAGAAACCCCCCCACAAAUCGCACACCGCUGGUUAUGACAUAUCACCCCUCCCUUGAACCUGUACAGAAAAUCCUCAAAAAAUUGCAACCCAUACUAGAAAGAGAUCCUAUUCUUAAAAAGAUCUUCCCAGAGCCACCCAUCCUAGCCUUCAAACAAGCACCGAACCUUGCCAACCUCAUCACCAGAAGCAAACUUCCUCAAGCCCAGAACACACCAAAAGGAUCCAGACCAUGCCAUGACAAGAAAUGCAAAACCUGCCAACACAUCUCCACCACCCCCACUAUUACUACACCCCACAACCGAGCCAUCAGCAUCCCUGGAUCUUACAGCUGCACCUCCGGAAAUGUAAUAUACCUCAUCCAAUGCACCAAAUGCCCUGAUGGAAAAUAUGUAGGAGAUACCAAACAACAACUGCGCACCAGAAUGAACGCACACCGGAAAUCUAUCAAAGACAGAAACACCCAAUUACCGGUGGGGGCACAUUUCUCACAGGAGGGCCACUCUCUCUCCAAUCUCUCAGUCCUGAUCCUCAAGGGAAACUUACACAACACUUCCCACAGACAAGCCUAUGAGCUCCAUUUCAUCAACCUCCUGGAUACUAGAGAUCAUGGACUAAACAUAGACAUUGGAUUUUUGAUAUAUUAUAAUCAGUCUGGCAACUGACUCCCCAGCCCAGCCCCUGGCUUCUUUACUUUUCAUUCCAUCCAGGAAGAGCGCGCACCAACUGCUGAAACUUCCUUAGCCUGACGAAGGGUUUUUGAACUCAAAAGCUUGCUUAAUAAUUAUUCUCCACCUAUUUGGGUUAGUCUAAUAAAAGAUAUCAAAUUCACCCAAGGAACCUUGUCUGCCUAUGUCCUUAGACCAACACGGCUACAACCUACACCCCUGCAACAUGCAUUAAAGAAUUCUUUGUCAAAGACCAUGACAAUGACAGGAAGACAUUUAUGUGCACGGAUGGGAACGAUUUCUAAGGCUCCCAUCAGCAGAGCUCAGCUAUGCCAUCUGAUGUUUCUCUCCUGCUGUGAAAUCUGGCUGAGGGUGGAACACCCGCCAUGGACUGGGGUGUUCAGUCUAAUCAGUUGUAGAAAUAACAAGAAGUUGUCAGAAAAGUCCCUCUUGGGCAGACCACUCCAACCUUGCUUGCCAGAGUGACUCGUGAGGAGUUUAACCCUGCUAAGGUUCUGGGUUCCCUGACACCCUUUGUCGUCUUACUACACCAGUUCCUGCCAUUCCCAGGCACCGAUCUAAAUGAGAGCUCCUGGGUUCCAACCACCAUUGGCUAACAGGGAUGCUGUUUGUGACUGGUUUUGCUGUGUGCUUAAAAGAAGAGCUUGGGCCUACAGACAAGUCUCCUUUUUUAUCCUUAGACUGAUGCAGCCCCAGGAGGUUUGACCAGGGAUGGAAGAUUUACACAGUGACUUCCAAGCCUAUAUAUAAACAAUCACCAAGUACACCAAUCAGACCUUGCCAUGAGCUGUCAGUCUUUAAAAGUGGGUUGCCCCAUCUCUACAGUUGCUGUGGGGAGAGCUCAUUUAUGUACUUUCACAAAACCACUUGUCUCCCUCAUUAAGUAGGGAGAGGUCACUUCUUUGUUUAAGAUACAAUAGGACUAAGGGCCAGAUGUGCUGCCAGCUGAUGGGCAGCACUCCAGCCACUUCCUGGCUGCAUGCGCUUCCACCCCAAUCACCCACAAAAACACCAGUAUCAGGCAAUCAGAACUGGCAACUGCACGUUCCGCCUGGAGGCAUGAUAGUGACAUGUAUGUGGGCAAAACAAGCAGUGCGUGCUUUCCUGGAGGGAGGGCCUGGGCUGGCAAGCUUUUGGCUUGGCCUGGCUGUCAGCAAAGAGUUUUUAGGAGGCAGGUGAAAUGAGUCGCUGGUACUCCUGCAGGAAGAUUUUUGCUCUGGGGAAGGUCACGAGGACAGUUUUCCUCCUGCCUGCUGGUAUUGUGCCUGUGCUGUCAGAGAAAGUGGUAGCAGCAUAUGCUGACUUCCAACAGUGUGCUCUGGGCGCAUGGCAGCUCUAGCUUAAAUGAGAGAAUAAGGAUCCAAAACAUAUCUUCUGUUGCAUACAGCCUCCAGCUGUGAUCUUGUCAUGUCUAAGCAGGGUCAAGCUGGGGCACUGAUUUCAUGGGAAAACUCCAGGGCAGUAGAAAGUGAUGCCUGCAGAUCAAAUCAGGAGCAUUCUUCCCUCAAGUCCCUGGUAAACCAGGGUCCCAAAGCAGCCAGCAUUGGUGGCUGUGCUACUUGAGGGAUCAUCCUUGAAAAGAGCUCUCCAGUUUACCUAUGGAGCUUUUUGCCAGAACAAAAGCUGUCAGCUUACUUAGCUAAGUAAGCUCUCCCUAGAUUCCUCUCCUGCUGCAGGUGGGUGUUCACUUCCUGUCCUAAACUCCUGUGCAAUUAAGCCAUCUGCGCCUGAAACUUGACCUACUCUGGGGAUGGUGGUACUGCUGGUGGUGGCAAACUGGGCUAUAGUUUGUGCAGCCAGGUGCAAAGCUCUCCUGGAUCUCACAUGGCUAAAAGACAAUGCAAAUAUUCAGGACUUCCAUAACUGCCCCCCCCCCCUUUUUUUUUUUUUUAAACUAGGCUGGACUAAGGGUCUCCUCUACUUAAAGAGGAAGUGACACUGUUUUAUUAAACCUACAGCACAGCUAUAGUAACACAAGUUACUAACAGUAUGUUUAUGUAGUGCUGAUCUGAGGCAGGUGUUUCAAGUACAAGCCAAGGUGCUGGUUCCUUGUAAAGGAACACCUUGAGAGGCUGGAUACCUUCAAGUCAGCUAGCCCUGACAAUCUACACCUCAGGGUACUCAAGGAGCUGGCGAGCAUCAUAGCCCAGCCUCUGGCACGGAUCUUGGAGAAUUCCUGGCACUGGUGUAGUGCCCGAAGACUGGAAGAAAGCCAAUGUGGUGCCUAUUUUCAAGAAAGGGAGGAAAGUGGAUCUGGCAAACUAUAGGCCCAUCAGCCUGACUUCUAUCCUGGGGAAAAUCUUAGAAAAGUUUAUUAAAGAGGCCAUCCUUAAUGAACUGGCCAACACCAACAUCCUAAGGGAUAGCCAGUAUAGGUUUGUUGUGGGUAGGUCUUGCUUGACCAAUCUCAUUUCCUUUUAUGACCAGGUGACCUAUCACCUGGACAAGGGAGAAGAGGUUGAUGUCAUAUCUCUUGACUUCAAAAAAGCCUUUGAUCUGGUAUCCCAUGAUCACCUUUUGGCAAAAAAGCCAAUUGUGGCCUUGGGUCCACCACGAUCCGCUGGUUGGGGAAUUGGUUCCGUGGCUGGACCCAGAGGGUGGCAAUUGACGGAAGUCAAUCAUCAUGGUGCCCUGUGACCAGUGGGGUCCCCCAAGGCUCUGUCCUUGGACCCAUAUUGUUCCACAUCUUCAUUAAUGAUGUGGACAUUGGAGUCAGGAGCAGACUGGCCAAGUUCACUGAUGACACCAAACUCUGGGGUAAAGCAUCCACACCUGAAGACAGGAGGGCGACCCAGGCUGACCUGGACAGGCUCAGCAAAUGGGCGGAUGAGAACCUGAUAGUGUUUAACAAUGAAAAAUACAAGGUUCUCCACCUUAGGAGGAAAAACCUGCAGCAUCCUUAUAGGCUCGGCAGUGCUACGCUGGUUAGCACUAUGGAAGAAAGAGACUUGGGGGUCAUCAUUGACCACAAGAUGAACAUGAGCCUGCAAUGCAAUACUUUGGCUAGUAAAGCGACCAAAACGCUGGCUUGCAUUCAUAGAUGUUUUUCAAGCAAAUCCCGCGACCUCAUUCUCCCCUUGUACUUGGCCUUGAUGAGGCUGCAGCUGGAGUACUGCGUCCAGUUUUGGGCUCCACAAUUCAAAAAGGAUGUUGAGAAGCUUGAGAGAGUGCAGAGAAGAGCCACGCGCAUGAUCAGAGGUCAGGAAAACAGACCUUACGAUGACAGGCUGAGAUCUAUGAGGCUCUUUAGCCUGGAAAAGCGCAGGCUCAGGGUU